AUGAAAGGAGGAAGGAGACACAGCCACAAUUGUAGGUCCCGAUCAAGAUCGUCAUCCCACGUGAUGCCGAAAACUUAUUAUUCCUACCGAAUCGCUCACCGAGGAUACAAACCCUCUUCAUUGUCAACCAGCACCACCCGCGCAUACAGCUCGCCCUCCCUCGCUGCCCCGCCUCCCUCGGGAGACACGCUCGCGCUCACAAUGUUGAUGUUGCCGACGCUCCACAAUCUCCUUUCUCAAGUCCUCGCACCUCCCUUUCUGCACACUGCCGUGCUUCUCACACCAGCAGGCGAACUCGUCUCCGCAGCCAGCGAACCAUCGAGGCCGAAGGACGACAUUCGAAUAAUUGUAGGCCUUAGUGGGGAAGUGUGGCAGGAAACACGGGAGCAGGGCUACGGAAUGGUAGACAGCGAACUCGGUCGUAUCAUCGUUCUUCCCGUGGACGAGUUCUCAUCUGGGCCCGAGCAGCCGUUCUCCGACGAGCACCAGCCUCUCAUGCUUCUCGCCUUGAACGCGACGGACGCAGUUGAGUGGGAAGAAUUGGAUAACAAGGGUAAAACUCUUGCUGGACAUAUCGCGAAGCCUUUGAGUAAAUUUAGGGAAUUGAUCGUUUCAUCCAAGCCUUCGCGCUCGACGACAGUGACAACGUCGCCCGCACCCGUUCGUUCAUAA